AUGAAGCAUGGGGGUCCCCACCGGAGGGGACACAACAGUCUGCUCAAUCCUGUUCCACACGCAUGGCUCACGGACCGCCCCGAGGACAAGCAUGGAAACGCCUGCUCGCCCGCCUCUACCACCUGCAUCCUUCUUGCAGAGUCGGAUGCGGCCGACGAGUGCAACAAAAAGCUGCAGGUUUCCUAUGUUCCGGGUGAACUGCCGCAGUUAAACUGGACAGAAACCGUGGAGGUUCCCAAUCCCCUGAAGAUGUAUGGGCUGUAUCUGGAAGCGGUGAACGACUACAUCAACGAGUCGUACGGCGAAGACGUCUGGAGGCUCAUCGAGGCGCGGGCCGAGAUCCCGCACCUCAAGUUCGUCCGCCACCAGAUGUACAACGACAACCUGAUCCUGCGGCUAGCCAAGGCGGCGGGCGAGGUGCUGGGGAAGACGCACGACGAGCUGAUGUACGCCUUCGGGGUCUACAUGGUGAAGAGGAUCGGCAACUAUGGCUACGAGAGGAUCCUCAAGGUGCUGGGCCGCAACGUGAGAGACUUCAUCAACGAGCUGGACAACCUGCACGAGUACUUCCGCUUCUCCUUCCCCAAAGUCCAGCCGCCCAGCUUCUGCGUGGAGGAGGAGUGCGAGACCAGCCUGACGCUGCACUACCGAAGCACGAGAAAGGGCUUCACCCAGUUUGUUAAAGGACAGCUGUCCCAGGUGGGCCGCCAGUUCUACAACACAGACAUCGAGGUGGAGAUCCUAUCAAAAGAGGAGACGGAAAAGAUGACCUACGUGGUCUACAAGAUGAACUUCGACAACGCCGCCUUCAAGCAUCGCAUGCCACAGCAGAAGACGGCGCCAGGCUACGAGAAGCUGCCGAUGAAGAGGGGCAUCUUCUUUGACAUGUUCCCCUUCAGCGUCAUCUUCCGCAGGGACAUGACCAUGUACCGGAUCGGGGACGGCCUCAAGGAGGUUUUCUCCGACCUGCAGGGGAAGAAGUUCAACGAGGAGUUCACCCUGGUCCGGCCCAUGCUGGAGUUCAGCUGGGACAACAUCUACACUCAUCUGAACAACGUCUUCGAGCUGCUGUCCAAAGCGGUGGUCGAGAGCAAACAGAAGAUGAACAUCCCCAAACUGAGCAAGAAGGAAGGAGAGGAAGCCGAGGAGAAGGAAGAGAGCGAAAAACCCAAGAAAGAAGAGAGAGAGCUCAAAGCCAUGGAAGAACUGAAGGGCACAGACCAGGAGUACAGCAGUGCCCUGGCUCAGUACAACAGCUCAGCCAACUCCGGAGGGGAGGACAUUGAGCUCCUGGCCUUCCAGACCGUCACAGGGAAAUGCAGCGAGACCAUUUUUGAGGACAUGCGGGAGCCCCCCAAGAAGCCGCUGCACCUCAAAGGGCAGAUGAAGUACGUCCCUCAGUGGGACUCCCUCAUCUUCCUUGGGACACCCAUUAUUGAGACGGUAGAGGACAUGAUUAAAAUGGGGGUGUAUGUGAAUGACCUCAACCUCCACGACUCCAGCAGAGAGCUCAUCCUGGCUGGGACCCAGCAGUCUGCCGAGCUACAGCUAGCCCUGGACCAGGAGCAGCAGAAGUACGCCCAGCUGCAAGAGAUCAUCAAGAAGCUGGACGAGGAGAAGAAGAGAGGCGACUCACUGCUCUACGCCAUGAUCCCCAAAGCUGUGGCCGACCGCCUACGCAAGGGCAUCACAGCGCUGGAGACCUGCCAGGUGUUCCCAGAUGUGACCAUCCUCUUCAGCGACGUGGUGAAGUUUAAUGAGAUCUGCAUCCACAUCACGCCGAUGCAGGUGGUGGACAUGCUGAACGAGAUCUACAUCGUGUUCGACACGCUCAGCGAGAAACACAACGUCUACAAGGUGGAGACCAUCCGGGACGCCUACAUGGUAGUGGCUGGGGUCCCCAACAAGACCACUUUCCAUGCCCACCACAUCUGUGAUAUGGCACUGGACAUGCUGAGCUCCAUCGACCACCUCAAGGACCCCUCCACAGGGGACAACAUACAGAUCCGAGUGGGGAUCCACUCCGGCAUGGUGGUGGCCGGCGUGGUGGGGCUGAAGAUGCCGCGGUACUGCCUGUUCGGGGACACGGUCAACACGGCGUCCCGCAUGGAGAGCAACGGGGUGGGAAUGCAGAUCCACAUCAGCCAGACAACUAAGGACCACUUGGAGCACGAGCCGUACAUCAUUGAGGAGCGGGGAAAGAUCUUCGUCAAGGGCAAAGGCUACAUGAAGACAUACUGGCUGAAGGGCAAGAAAGACCUUUCCUUCAAGACGCCCGCGGAGCUGCGGUACAGCAGUGAGCAGAGGGACUCCGAGGACCGGAGCACGAAGAGCAGCUCAGCCUCCAGCAACGCCAAGCGCUCCACCUCCAACCUCAACAUCCCCAACGAGGACCAGGCGGAGUUCAAGCCCCCCGCGGAGGCGUCCCCGGAGGCCCUCCCGCCGCUGGAGGGGGCCAGGGAGGCCCCGCCGGCCCCCGUCGAGCCGCACGACAAGGACAGGGUCAGAAAGACGAAGAACCACAAAGGGGGGAAGGCGCAGCCGGGCUGCGGCAACGCACAGGAGAGCGGGGCGCCCCCUGCGGGCGCCUCCGAGAACGCGGGCCCGGCCCUCUACAGCAAGAAAAGAAACCACGGCCAUCGACACAGUCGACUGCCGGGCAACCUCCCGCUGCGCAGUGUCACUUGUAGGCUUGUCUAA